UGCAAACUUUUGCAAACGUUGUUAUUUGUUAUAUUACUCAUCAACUGAACCCAUUUUGAUUUAGUUGAAAAGGCAAAAAGUAAUUUAACACUCAAGGCUACUACUGCUUUGAACAUUUUCAAUAUAGAAACAUAAAAAAAUUACUUGUGUAUAUAUAUAUAUAUAGAUUUAUACAUGUAUAUGUAUAUCUGUACCUAAUAUACACAAAUAAGUAUAUGUAUAGAUAUAGAUACAUAUAUAUAUAUACACACACAUAGAGAUUGAGCACGCUAGCUCAAUUGUUGCCAGUUUUUUUUUUAUUUUGUCCAGGUGUUAACUGCGAAAUCUUCAUUUUAAAAAAAAUUGCAACGUCAAGGGAUCAGCAUCAAAGAUGGAAACAGGCACGGGUACACCACGCAAAGUACAAAAAGUAGCUAUUUCGGAGGCAAGCUCUGAAGCUGAAGAAAGUCGGGAUUUUGAUAGUGAAACCCAAAAGGCGUUGGAAGACAUCGAUUCAUGUCAAAACGAAAUUGAUGCCCUGAAUGAGAAAGCUAGCGAAGAAAUUCUGAAAGUUGAACAAAAAUUUAACAAAUUAAGAAGACCAUAUUUCGAUCGGAGAAAUGAGCUUAUAAAGAAAAUCCCCAACUUUUGGGUUACUGCUUUUGUUAAUCAUCCACAGAUCUCAGUUAUACUUGAUGAAGAAGAGGAAGAAUGUUUACAUUAUCUCAAUAUGGUGGAAGUUGAAGAGUUUGAGGAUAUUAAGUCUGGAUAUAGAGUCAAAUUUCAUUUCUCACCAAACCCAUAUUUCUCAAAUGACAUUUUGUGCAAGGAGUUCCACUUGGCAACGACGGGUAUGUCAAAUAUUUCUUCAUUGUGGGACCCUGCUUCAAAGUCAACAUCUAUCAACUGGCAGGAUGGUAUGGAUCUGACAAAAAAGGUGCAGCGAGAACAGAUUGUGAUUGCUGAUAGAAAGAGAAAGCAUCAACCUAACCGGACUUUUUUCACCUGGUUUUUAGACAAUAAGGAUCCAUCAGCAGAUGAUAUAGCUGAGGUAAUCAAGGAUGAUAUGUGGCCCAAUCCAUUACAAUAUUUCUUGGCUCCUGACAUUGAAGUAGAAGAAAAUGGCGUCAGUGAUGAAGAUGAUGAUGAUGAUGAACUAGAUGAAUCUGUUGUCGUUGUGAAUGAAGAUGAUGAUGAUGAUGAAGAAGAAGAUGAGGAGAUCUAUGAAGUAGAUGAGGAUGAUGAUGAAGUUGAGGAAGUUGGUGAAGCUCUUGAAGGUGAAGAUGUGGAAGUUUUAGAUGGUGAUGAUGAAGAUGAGGAUGAUGAUAAGGCUCAUGAAGCAAAAAAAGAAUCAAAAGAAUGAAAUUGGACUAUUAAAUGAAUUCUAUAUUACUGAUUGCAAUGAAGGAAAAAAUGGUGUAAACUCCGUAAGCCUUAUCACAAGGCCUUCUGUAAAUAUAUUGUCAUUCUCCGUUUCAGAGAUAACAUUAGGCGAGCCUAACAGUUGUUUGUAGUUCAGUAGAUUAGCAGUAAUGUUCAUCUACAGACUACAUUUUUUAGCCACUGUGGAGCAGCUCACUAAUCAAAUCAUGUUCAGUGCACAGUCAUCCAGACUACUAAUGUCUACUUAUCAUUAAAGCAUUACACAGUUUGAGAUUAAAUGAACUUACAAGUCA